AUGGCAAGUCCUACCAUAGGGAAGAGCAGAAGCAACCUCCAAAACUCAGCUGCUCAGCAGAGUGAGAUGGCAGAGAACUUGACUUUGAAGCAAGAAAUUGGCUUAACCAGCGCCAUCUCACUCGUAGCUGGAACUAUGAUCGGAUCAGGUAUUUUUAUGUCACCAGAAUGGGUACUGCAUAACAUUGGGAGCCCUGGUGGUAGUCUCAUUAUCUGGGCAGCCUGUGGUGUGGUGGUCAUCUUUGGAGCUCUGUCCUAUGCUGAGUUGGGAAUUUUAAUCAAAGAAUCUGGAGGUGACUACAUUUACAUCCUGAGGACUUUUGGGUCCCUUCCAGCUUUCCUUUUUGCAUUCACCUCAAUCAUUGUGGUAAGGCCUGCCGGCGUGGCAGCAGUCUCACUCAGCUUUGCAGAGUAUGUUCUGGUGCCAUUUUAUUCUGGCUGCCCACCUCCGCAGGUCAUAAUCAAAUGCACUGCUAUAAGCUGCAUCCUCUUCCUGACAUUGGUCAACUGCCUCAGUGUCAGGCUAGCGACGUCCAUGAUGAACAUAUUUACGGCUGCCAAGUUCUUGGCACUAUUGGUCAUCGCAGUGGGAGGACUAGUGCUGCUUGCCCAGGGACAAACCCACAGUUUCCAAGAUGCCUUUCAAAACACCAAUAUGGAGGCUGGAGCUAUUGGAAUUGCAUUUUAUCAAGGUCUCUGGUCUUUUGAUGGAUGGAACGUCUUGAACUCGGUGACUGAAGAAAUUAAAAAACCUGACGUGACUCUGCCAAGGGCGUUGAUGAUUGCUAUUCCUCUGGUGACCUGCUUUUAUUUGCUAGUAAACGUCAGCUAUUUUGCAGCCAUGACUUCUGUUGACUUCCUAACUUCGGGUGCUGUUGGUAUUACCUGGGGAAAUAAAGUGCUGGGCAACUGGGUAUGGCUGAUGUCCCUGGCAGUUGCCCUUUCUUGCUUUGGAUCGGUUAAUGGAACGUUCUUCUGCGGAAGCCGGGUGUGCUACAUUGCAGCAAGAGAAGGCCAUAUGCCCGACUUUCUAUCUAUGGUUCAUAUACGUUAUUUUACACCUUUUCCCGCUCUCAUAUUUACUUGUGUGGUGUCGAUAAUAAUGGUAAUACCUGCGAGUUUCAACAAGAUAGUGAACCUUUUCAGCUUUACAGCUUGGAUUUUCAACGGGAUCAGUGUUGCAAGUCUCCUGUAUUUAAAGAUUAAGAAACCAGAACUCCCAAGAUCUUACAAGGUACCAAUCAUCAUACCAAUCAUUUUUCUGAUGAUAUCGAUCUACCUGGUACUGACACCCAUCAUUGACCAGCCACAGGUCGAGUUCUUCUAUGUUAUACUCUUCAUCCUCAGUGGUAUCAUAUUUUACUUCCCCCUGGUUCAUUACAAGUAUUCCCCUGCAUGCCUACGGAAAUUAACUAUUUAUAUGCAGCUUUUAAUGGAAGUUGCAGCAACUGAAAAGGACACAAAGUGA